UUCUUCUCAGCCAGUUUGGUGGGUUGUGCUGAAACCUGGCAACCCGGCCAUGUAGCAGUCAGCGGAGAGUCAGCGGAGAGUUGACAUGAACAACAUCACUGCUCCGCGCUGAGCGCACAGUAUUAAUGGACCGCCUCACCUAACAAGGAAAAAAAAAGCCUCGGUUUAUUGCGCUGACGAGUUGGCAAGUGAAUUUACAAGAGCGGCUCUUCAACAGCGAGAUGUGCCAUCUGUGACAUUCAGUAUGCCAGCCUGUUGGACUUGAACAGAUUGAAGACGAAUUAAACGGCUGUGGUGUCAGUCAGAGCUUGAACCUACGUCAGGGGAAGAGAUGGGGAACACAGCGACCAAGUUCCGCAAGGCUCUCAUCAAUGGAGAUGAGUUGCUGGCCUGCCAUCUGUAUGAGAGCAACCAGCAGUUCAAGGAGGCUCUGGAUCCCAACGCUACAUAUGGAGAGUCCUACCAGCACAACACUCCACUGCACUAUGCUGCCCGGCAUGCCAUGACACGCCUACUCAGGUUUUUUCUCCUAAACAAAGAUGGGAAUCCUAACAAGCGUAAUGUGCACAAUGAGACAUCUCUGCACCUUCUCUGCAUGGGGCCCCAGAUCCUGACCUCAGAGGGAGCACUGCAACCCCGGAUCUCACGGCCAUACGAAGACAGACAGCGUCGAGCGGAAUGUCUACAAAUCAUCCUGGCAUGGACCGGAGCAAAGCUGGACCAUGGAGAGUAUGAGAGUGCUGAUGUCAAUGCCACUGACAACAAGAAGAACACCUGCCUGCACUAUGCUGCAGCUUCAGGAAUGAAGACUUGUGUUGAGUUCCUGGUGCAGAGGGAAGCAGACCUGUUUGCGGAGAAUGAAAGCCGCGAGACUCCAUGUGACUGUGCAGAGAAGCAGCACCACAAGGAGUUGGCCCUGUGCCUGGAGUCGCAGAUGGUCUUCUCUCUUGCCCCUGAGGCAGAGGGUAUAGAGGCAGAGUACGCAGCCCUCGACCGAAGAGAGCUCUUUGAGGGCCUGCGGCCUCAGGAUCUUCGGAGGUUGAAGGACAUGCUGAUAGUGGAGACAGCCGACAUGCUGCAGGCCCCUCUCUUCACUGCCGAGGCGCUGCUACGUGCCCAUGAUUGGGACAGAGAGAAGCUUUUAGAGGCCUGGAUGACCAAUGCAGAGGAAUGCUGCCAACGCUCAGGGAUACAGAUGCCCAACCCACCUCCAAGUGGCUACAAUACCUGGGACACCUUGCCCUCGCCUCGGACGCCACGCACCACCCGCUCCUCCAUCACCUCCCCAGACCAAAUCAGCCUCAUGCCUGCUGAUGAAGAGUCUUCUCUGUGUGGUAUCUGCAUGUCUUCCAUCUCCAUCUUUGAGGAACCUGUUGACAUGUCCUGUGGCCACGAGUUCUGCAGAGGAUGUUGGGAAGGGUUUCUUAAUCUAAAGAUCCAAGAGGGUGAAGCCCACAACAUUUUCUGCCCAGCCUUUGACUGCUACCAACUAGUGCCUGUGGAAGUUAUUGAGAGCGUGGUGUCUAGAGAGAUGGACAAGCGCUACCUCCAGUUUGACAUCAAGGCAUUUGUGGAGAACAAUCCAGCAAUUCGCUGGUGUCCUGUGGCAGGUUGUGAAAGGGCAGUGAGGCUGAACACCCAGGGCCCUGGGACCUCCACCUCAGACACUCUUAGCUUUCCCCUCCUUCGGGCACCUGCUGUAGAUUGUGGCAAAGGCCACCUCUUCUGCUGGGAGUGUCAAGGCGAAGCCCAUGAGCCAUGUGACUGUGAGACCUGGAAGUUGUGGCUACAGAAAGUCAAUGAGAUGAAACCUGAGGAAUUGGCUGGUGUGAGCGAAGCUUACGAGGAUGCAGCCAACUGCUUAUGGUUGCUCUCAAACUCCAAACCCUGCGCCAAUUGCAAGUCCCCAAUACAGAAAAACGAGGGUUGCAACCACAUGCAGUGUGCUAAGUGUAAGUAUGACUUUUGCUGGAUCUGUCUUGAGGAGUGGAAAAAGCACAGCUCAUCAACAGGAGGCUACUAUCGCUGCACCCGUUAUGAGGUCAUCCAGCAGGUAGAAGAGCAGUCAAAGGAGAUGACUGAGGAGGCAGAGAAGAAGCACAAGAGCUUUCAGGAACUUGACCGUUUCAUGCACUACUACACACGCUUCAAGAACCAUGAGCACAGCUAUCAGCUGGAGCAGCGCCUGUUAAAAACAGCCAAAGAGAAGAUGGAGCAGCUCAGUCGAGCUCUGAGUGGACGGGAAGGAGGCCCACCUGACACUACAUUUAUUGAAGACGCGGUCCUCGAACUACUAAAGACUCGCCGCAUCCUCAAGUGCUCUUAUCCUUAUGGCUUCUUUUUGGAGCCCAAAAGCACAAAGAAAGAGAUCUACGAGCUUAUGCAGACGGACUUGGAGAUGGUGACUGAGGACCUCGCACAAAAGGUUAACCGGCCUUAUCUGCGGACGCCGCGGCACAAGAUAAUUCGUGCGGCAUGUCUUGUGCAGCAGAAGAGGCAGGAGUUCCUGGCCUCAGUAGCAAGGGGAGUGGCCCCCAAUGACUCUCCUGAGGCCCCCAGACGCAGUUUUGCUGGCGGAACUUGGGACUGGGAAUAUUUAGGCUUUGCAUCGCCCGAGGAGUACGCAGAGUUCCAGUACAGACGGAGACACAGGCAGCGGAGGCGAGGUGACAUGUCCAGUCUCCGUAGCAACACACCUGAUCCUGAUGACCCCAGUGACAGCACCUCAGACACUCAGGAUGUUGGAAGUGGACGCAGACAAGGCCCUCUAAUGGGUCUGGGUUCUCUGGAUGACGAUGACCCCAACAUACUACUGGCCAUCCAGCUGUCACUCCAGGACUCAGGGAUGGCAGGAGGCGGGUCAGGCCAUGACGUCCUUGCUAAUGAAGCUUCGCUCGGUGCUAUUGGCACCUCCCUGCCUUCCCGCCUCGAACAGAGUGCUCCAAGUGUAGAGGUCCUCCACAGAGCUUCCCUAAGCAGCUCAGAACUGCUGGAGGUGGGAGAUAACUUGGCUAGACUUGGCAACACCAACAUCAGCAGCCAGUACUCUGCUGCCACCGGUGUUACUGCCUCUGUGCAGCACUGUGAAAGUCACAACCGGGCCUACAGGGCUUCUGUGCCAAUACCAGUGGCUCCAGGCGGCAGCAACUCAUCGACAGGCCUCUUCUCUUCCUCCAGUGACACUAUAGAUUCAACCACAUGUGGCAGCCAUGACCCCUCCUCAUCCUCUGCUUUAGCAGCAAAUGCAAACCUGCUGGGCAACAUUAUGGCUUGGUUCCACGACAUGAAUCCUCAAGGCAUCACCCUGGUCCCCUCAACCUCUUCUGACACAGACUCCAACAUAAGCACAUUCCAUGCAGGCGGAGGUGGGUGUCUGCAGGAUGACGAGAAAGGUGGGGUUGUCCUGCCUGAAAGCAGGAAACCUCAUGAAGUGAUGGCAGACGUGGCUUUCUGCUCCCAGAGACUGAGUGACGUGGAGGAGAAGGAGUGUGCUGUCGCAGAGAGGCCGACCCAGUUAGAUCUAGUGGGGCUGGACACCAUGCCGCGACCUUACACCCUCAACACAAGUGGAGAACAUACUGAGCGGGGGGGCCCAAAGGUCUGCCAUGUCGACACUCCCCAAUGUGACUCCAUAUCCGACCAGCUGCCCAGCACUAGCUCAUCUGAGUGGGAGGACCAAGUGCACUUGGUAUGAAGUGACUGGCUGAGAAUGGAAAGAGCUAUUUUGGAAAGGCCAAAAAAAAAAAAAAAAAAAAACCACCAGAGAUUGCAAAUGAAAUAGAACUGAGGAAUUAGCUAUUCAGGUGGAAUGUAUACAGAAUGAAGAAUGUGUUUGUAGAAAAGUGGGGGAAGAGGUAUUUAGACUCGUAGCUUAGUCUAGCACUGCAGUUAGAUGGGUCUCCUGCGUUUACUGUGUUGUCAGCCCCCCAACGACCAGCCCUCCUGCAAAGAAAGCACUAACUGAAGGAGAGAUUACAUUUGAUAACAAUGUUCCUACAUUAGGUAUUUCAUACAGUGUUUCUGUGCUGAUAUAAAUAUGAAUACGUUGCUCUUUCUGAAAUCAAAUUUAAAGGAAUUAAGAGAUUUAGAGACUUAACGUAGUGCAGGUAUAUAUAUAUUUUUGUCUACUGGAGUAAAAGCCUACUGUAUGUGUCUGAAUCAGGUUUUAAAGGAUGUUUUUCAGCUGUACAUAUGAGCAGAUUAAUAUUUUGCUCCAAUAUUGAAUCUGUGAAGUACAGGCAGAGAAACAGCUCCUCGCUCCUGUCCAAACCUGCCUACUUUCUAGUUGCCAAACACUGACUAGCAAAAGCACAAUUUGCAGUCACCAAGUGGAUUCUUUGAAGUAAAUUGUGCCUACUUAUUACAAUCUCAACAGCUCAGCUGAACCUAAAUGUGAACGUCGUGAGCCAUAUUUUUAUUCGAGGAUGCGGCUGAGUGAUAUUUUCCAAUCUCACUAGUGUGCUGUGUAAAUCUGUAGUCCAAGACCAUAAUGGUUGUCAACUUUAUUAUGUGAAACAUUCACACAAAACAGUUGAGAUAAAUCAUUCAAAUGAAAAGUUGGUGGCCUGCUGGAAAACAUUUCAGAUUUGAGUUGACAAUGCUUAUUCAUCUCAAAGCCUCGAUCCAAACACACUUUCAAUGGGAAACACUGUCUGAUCUGUACAAAAGAGAAACGCUGACAGGCCCAGAGGGGCUGCUCAGUGUCCUUCAGUUCAGUUUAUUCUGAAUUCCAUUGUAGCUCCCUUAAAGUAAUGUUUGAGUACUGCAGCUAAAUAUGGAGCUUGACAGAUGAUGUAGACAGGGAGUAGUCGUGUUUAUACACUGCGGGGAAGGCCAAGUGAGAGAAAUGAUCAGGCAAUCACAUUCAGACUUUGGUGAAUUCAUUAAUCCAGCCCAAGUCACUGUAAUUUAUCUCUGGGUUCUGUUCAAGUGUAAUAUAAGCAAAGCCUUCUUGGAGCUCUGCAGAUGUCCCGGGCUGCAGGGUAUAUAAUGCAUGGAGAAUUCAUGAAUGUGUGUUGCAUCUCAAACACAUGGGGAGCCCAUGUGUUUGAAACAGUUCUCUACACAGUUAGAGAUACAGUGCCUUUAUGUCGAUCGCCGUUAUUUUAUUCUUUUUCACACAUUUUUUCUGAGUGCUAAUUACACAGUAUUUAUAGUGUAAACAAAACAAACACCUGUUACCUUAAAGUUUUUUCUCUCAUAAUGUGUGCAAACAUGAGAUCUUGAUUUUAUUUUCUCCAUCAAAAUGUUUGUAGCAUGAGGCUUUCAGUUGGUUCUGGUAGUGCUAUGUUAAAGGUUAAUACUGAUUUGCUAUGAUUUGGCAAAACGGAUGACGGUUAAUGUCGUGCUCUUGAUCCCCAAAUAUUUAGAAAAAAAAAGGUUUUAUUUCUAUGUGCAGAGUGGCUUUAUGCCCUACACAGCUGAUUCUUUCUGUGGUUUAGAAACUAAAAUCACUAUAUUGACUUUGGAACGAGUUGACCUACUAUAUGUGUAUCAAGUACCUUACCUGAAGACACUAAAAUGGAGGAAAGUUGCAAUAUAAAGUAGGUAUUUAUUUGAAAUAGAUCAGAUCCAUUAAAGAAAAUGGAUUGUGAAUAAUCAGUUUGAAGUGAAACACAUUGAUUUGUGUUUUACGAUUAAGACUAAAUGUUUUCGUGCAGACGAAUGUCUGACAGAAAUUAAUUCCGUUUUUUUCCUAGCAGACAUGUAGAACCACGUUAACCUAAAGAUAGUGAUUGCUUUGAAAAGUGUCUUGAAGUUGUGAAACUGUGAGUGCCAUAUGGUUAGUGGAUUGGUUAAUGUGAAGUGGGUUGAACAGAGGACAUGAGAUGUGUUUCCCUCUUUUGCGUUACAGUUUGCUGUGCAUGAAAUGGGUAGAAGUCUAAAUGGAGUUUGUACUUCCUUUGUAUUUCACCUCUGAUGUCCAGGUGAUUUAUUUUAAAACGGCAUAUAACAUUUUUUUUAACUCAUUGAGAUUUUCUAUUGUAAAGCAACUAAUCCUUGAAAUGCUAUUUGCACUUUCAUAGUCUAUACUUGAUACAUUCCCUCUUUAUAUGAAACAUGUUUGACGUGUGAUGCCAAUAAACUAUGUGUUGAGUUUUAA